AUGAUUGACGACAACCCGUUCGCUUCCUUCGCGUUCGACGCUAAUACCCAGCCUGCUGCUCCGAAGCGGCCGCGCGUCACGUCGAGCCCCAAGGCGUCGGCGCCGUCCGGCAGCAGCGCUGCGGCAAAGGCGAGUCCGGCCAAGCCGGCGCCAUCUGCGAGUCCCGCGCCGCUGUCCGCGGCGGAGAAGUUGCGGGAGUACCGUCUAAUCGCCAGCUUUCGCCAGGGCAAGCGCGCAAGCGUCGACGACUUUCAUCGCUUUCUUCUCUCGCUCGGCACGGGCGAGGAGCCCGGCGUCGGCGACCCGCGGCACGGCAUGUUCUGGGCGCUCGUCGCCAGUCUGCUUUCGGUGCAGUGCCGCGACCGCGUUGCGCUGGCGGCGACGCGCGCCAUGCUCAGGCUGUGCACCGGCGAGGGCGCCGCGGGCGUUGCGGCUCUCGGCGAGGAGGAGCUGCUGCGGCUGGUGCACAGCUGCAACUUUUGCGCCUCCAAGGCGAGGUACGUCCGGGCGGCGGCCGAGCACGCGCAGCGGCACGGCGGGCGCGUCCCGCGCGAGUACGACGCGCUGGUCCAGCUUCCCGGCGUGGGUCCCAAGAUUGCACACCUCAUGCGCAGCGUGGCGUUUGGGGAGGCGGAGGCGGGGAUCGUCGUGGACACGCACGUGUUUCGCGUGGCGACCCGGCUGGGCUGGGUGGACGGGGCCGCCGCGCGUGCGGGGCCAGAGGGCGUGCGCGUGCAGCUCGAGAGGUGGGUCCCGCGCGAGGAGCGCGUCGGCUUCACCCUCGCCGUGGUCGGCUUCGGCCAGCUCGCGCGCGGAGGCGGCGGCUGGGGCGGGGCGCUGGUGGAGCACGCAAGCAGCGGGGCGCGCGCGACGCGGCUGCCCGACAGCGAUGCCGCUGAGGCCGAGUCUUGCGUGGCCUCAGAGGCGAACAUAGAGCUCGCAAAGUCCAUCGUGGCGCGGAUGGACGCGUCAGACCGACGGGUCGAGAACAACUUCUCGUCAAGGGACAAGGCGCUCGUCAAGGCGCUCAAGAGCGCGAUUGGCAAGUAA